AUAACCUUGAUUUAAAUAAACAAGCCAAAUCUAUAUAUCUUUAAUAAUGCUAAUCAAUUUUAUAUUUUUGUUUAAUUCGAUUCAAAGCAACGCCCCUGACGCCUGAAUCUUCUCGCUCUCUCUCUUUCCUCGUGCCAUUACCGCACUAUCGCUAGCUAUUGCUCUCUCUGCUUGUGAUCAUCGUUUUCCCCGACGGAGAACGAGAGAACGUCGUUGUGUAAAAUCGAGGAACGAAACGGAAAGAGAUACUACCUAUCGGGAGAGAGAGCGAGAAUGGGGGUGGAAGAAGGAGCAGGUGUUGAUAAGAAGAUAACGAUUGGAGUCUGCGUCAUGGAAAAGAAGGUUUUCUCAGCUCCCAUGGGACAAAUUAUGGACAGGAUACAUGCCUUUGGCGAAUUUGAGAUUAUACAUUUUGGGGAUAAGGUCAUACUUGAAGACCCAGUAGAAAGUUGGCCGAUUUGUGAUUGUUUGAUUGCUUUUUAUUCCUCUGGAUAUCCUCUUGAGAAAGUUCAAGCAUAUUCUUCUUUAAGAAAGCCCUUUUUAGUGAAUGAACUGGAUCCUCAAUAUCUUCUUCAUGACCGCCGGAAAGUGUAUGAGCAUCUUGAGAUGUAUGGUAUCCCAGUUCCUAGAUAUGCCUGUGUCAAUAGAAAAGUACCAGACGAAGAUCUUGAUUAUUUCGUCGAGGAAGAAGAUUUUGUUGAGGUUAAAGGUGAACGAUUCUGGAAGCCAUUUGUGGAAAAGCCCGUCAAUGGAGAUGACCAUAGUAUAAUGAUAUACUACCCUAGCUCAGCAGGUGGAGGCAUGAAAGAAUUGUUUCGUAAGGUUGGGAACCGAUCAAGUGAGUUUCAUCCUGAUGUCAGAAGAGUAAGGAGAGAAGGUUCUUAUAUAUACGAGGAGUUUAUGCCUACUGGAGGAACUGAUGUCAAGGUCUAUACUGUGGGUCCCGAAUAUGCACACGCUGAAGCAAGAAAGUCACCUGUUGUUGAUGGUGUUGUAAUGAGGAAUCCAGAUGGGAAGGAAGUGAGAUAUCCAGUUUUACUUACACCUGCUGAGAAGCAAAUGGCAAGAGAAGUUUGCAUCGCAUUUAGGCAAGCGGUCUGCGGUUUUGAUCUCCUACGAUCUGAGGGAAGUUCAUAUGUUUGUGACGUAAAUGGAUGGAGCUUUGUGAAAAACUCCUAUAAGUAUUACGACGAUGCUGCAUGUGUGCUACGGAAGAUGUUUUUGGAUGCAAAGGCUCCGCAUCUUUCUUCAACAAUUCCUCCCAUUCUCCCAUGGAAAAUCAACGAACCUGUCCAAUCUAAUGAAGGUCUAACUCGCCAAGGAAGUGGCAUCAUUGGAACUUUUGGGCAGUCAGAGGAGCUACGCUGUGUCAUUGCUGUUGUUCGGCACGGUGAUAGAACCCCCAAGCAGAAAGUGAAACUAAAAGUUACAGAGGAGAAACUGCUAAACCUGAUGUUGAAGUACAAUGGAGGAAAACCAAGAGCUGAGACAAAACUUAAAAGUGCCGUCCAAUUGCAAGAUCUAUUGGAUGCCACAAGAAUGUUAAUUCCUCGUACAAGAUCAGGUGAAAGUGAUAGUGAUGCAGAAGACCUUGAACACGCUGACAAGCUUCGGCAAGUUAAAGCCGUUCUUGAAGAGGGUGGACAUUUCUCUGGCAUAUACAGGAAGGUUCAACUGAAGCCGUUGAAAUGGGUUAAUGUACCAAGAAGUGAUGGUGAAGGUGAAGAGGAACGCCCAGUGGAAGCUCUUAUGGUUCUGAAAUAUGGUGGUGUUCUAACUCAUGCUGGUAGAAAGCAGGCGGAAGAACUUGGUAGAUACUUUCGAAACAAUAUGUAUCCAGGGGAAGGUACCGGUUUGCUCCGUCUCCAUAGUACAUACCGUCACGACCUUAAAAUUUACAGCUCUGACGAGGGGCGUGUUCAGAUGUCUGCAGCUGCUUUUGCCAAAGGCCUGCUUGACCUAGAAGGACAGCUGACCCCAAUCCUGGUUUCUCUGGUCAGUAAGGACUCUUCCAUGUUGGAUGGCCUUGAUAAUGCUAGCAGUGAAAUGGAAGCAGCUAAGGCUCAACUGAAUGAGAUCAUAACCGCCGGCUCAAAGAUGGUACAAGAUUACGUCUCUUCUGAAUUACCUUGGAUGACUGAUGGGGCUGGACUUCCUCCUCACGCUGAUGAGCACCUACCUGAAUUGGUAAAAUUAGCUAAAAAGGUGACUGAACAAGUGAGGCUACUUGCACAAGAUGAACACGAGAAUCUCGCUGAGCCUAGCGCUUAUGAUGUAGUCCCUCCAUAUGAUCAAGCUAAGGCCCUUGGAAAGUCAAACAUUGACGUUGGUCGGAUUGCUGCUGGAUUACCUUGUGGUAGUGAGGGGUUCCUUUUGAUGUUUGCUCGAUGGAGAAAACUCGAAAGGGAUCUCUACAACGAAAGAAGAGACCGGUUUGACAUAACGCAGAUUCCUGAUGUUUACGAUUCAUGCAAGUAUGACCUGUUACAUAAUUCUCAUCUCGAUCUAAAAGGAUUAGACGAACUCUUCAAAGUAGCGCAGUUGCUUGCAGAUGGUGUAAUCCCAAAUGAGUAUGGGAUCAAUCCACAGCAAAAGCUCAAAAUCGGUUCAAAGAUUGCACGGCGCCUGCUGGGUAAAAUCCUGAUUGACUUGAGGAACACUCGAGAAGAGGCCAUGAGUGUUGCUGAAUUGAAGAACAGUCAAGAUCAAGUUUCAGUGUCAUUGUAUUCGUCAAGAAAGGAGGAUAGAUACAGUCAGCCAAAACUUUUCGUUAAAAGCGAUGAGUUGAGACGGCCUAGCACUGGAGAGAAUAAAGAAGAGGAUGAUGAUAAAGAAACCAAAUACAGACUCGAUCCAAAGUAUGCAAAUGUCAUGACGCCUGAACGUCAUGUGAGGACACGUCUUUACUUUACAUCUGAAUCACAUAUUCAUUCUCUGAUGAACGUUCUACGGUAUUGUAACCUUGACGAAUCUCUUCAAGGAGAAGAAAGUCUGGUCUGCCAAAGCGCAUUGGAUCGUCUAUGUAAAACCAAAGAACUCGAUUACAUGAGCUAUGUUGUCCUAAGACUGUUUGAGAACACUGAGGUUUACAAUACUACACCCGCCAUUUCUCCCUCACUCUUGCUUUCAAGUUGUUAUACUCACUCGUGUCAAAAUUCUUGCCUGCAGAUAUCUCUGGACGACCCGAAACGAUUCAGAAUCGAACUUACAUUUAGCCGAGGCGCAGAUUUAUCUCCCUUAGAGAAGAAGGACGAGGAAGCAGAAUCAUUGCUUCGGGAACACACACUUCCGAUAAUGGGACCAGAGAGGCUUCAAGAGGUUGGUUCAUGUUUGACUCUCGAGACAAUGGAGAAGAUGAUACGGCCAUUUGCAAUGCCUGCAGAGGAUUUCCCUCCGCCGUCAACUCCGGCAGGCUUCUCCGGAUACUUCUCCAAAAGCGCCGCCGUUCUGGAGCGUCUUGUAAAACUUUGGCCCUUCCACAAGAACACCUCUAAUGGCAAAAGCUAAACGCCAACAAAGUGGAUGACUAAUGAAUGAUGAUGAUAUUCCUAAUUCAUUUAAUUUUUGAAACAAAAUUUUGAAUUGUUAGUAGUUUCUAAUUGUGUAAAGUAAAAUGUUCAUUCUUUUUGUAGAAUCGUCAAAUUGUUUGUUUUAAAACAAUUGUUAAUUGGUUUAGCAUUAUUGGAAAUUUCCAAGCUUUUUUCAGUCA